UCAAACAGUGAGGAAAAAAACAGCAAGACAUAUAAUAUCUGUCUCUCAAUUAAGGUAAUUAACCUUUAAACUAAUUUUACUCUUUCUUACAUUAACCUUUAAGCUACUAUAAUAUAUUUGUUACAUAAAGCUCAUUUUGUUAUUUUCAGGGAUCUAUUCAAGAAUGGCUAGUGUUAGCUACUACUCUGCUUCAAAAUUGGAACCAAAUGUUCAAGAAUUCAACUCAGAAGAAAUGAUGACCAUGCAGCAGCUUCUUUUUGAUUUCAACUAUGAUGUUGAACAGAACUUUUCUGAUGAAAAUCAAGAUUGCUAUUUCGAUCCAGACGAGUUUAUUUUACCCAUUGAAAUGAAUAACAGUUGUUGUUUCAUGCCAGAGUACUCUGUUUUGGAGAAACAACCAAAGGACAAUCAUUCUUGUUUCAUUCCAGAGUACUCUGUUUUUGAGAACAUCCCAAAACGUCAAAAGAUUUUUCAAGAUGAUUUCUUUCCAAAUCCAAAUAGUAAUACGAUAACCCCAUCCACUCACAAUUCUUGUUUCAUGCCAGAAUACUCUGUUUUUGAGAAACAACAAAAACUCUUUCAAGAUAACUUCCAUGAGGAGGGGUUUUUGCCAAAUCCUCCAAUGUUUGAGGAUUUUGCGCUUCCAGAAAUUCCUGUGCCUGUUUUUAGUGCUGGAGUUGUCGCGAAGAAAGGCGGUAGUAGUAAUAACGAGAAGAAGAUGUCAGCACAGAGUAUGGCGGCGAGGCAGAGGAGGAAGAAGAUUAGUGAUAAAACACAAGAAUUGGGCAAAUUGAUACCUGGUGGACACAGAAUGAACACUGCUGAAAUGCUUCAAGCUACUUACAAGUAUAUUAAAUUGUUGCAAGCACAAGCUGGAAUUCUUGCCUUCAUCGGAUCAUAUCAGGAAAAUGAGAAAUCAUUUGAAACAUCAUACUUGCAGAAACUUGUUGGAUCUUCCUUAGUUCAAGAGAAGUUGUAUUCAAGUGAAAGUUGCUUAAUUCCAAAAGUGUUUCUUGAAGCACUAGAGAAUGAUCAAGAACUUCAAAAUUCACAAGUCAUUGAGGAAAUCAAGUCUUUGAUUAAAUGA